CGCGACCGUCAGCUCCAUUUUGUGGUCUGAGCCCGUCGUUGUCAGCUGGGUGUUUUUCGUGAUCGCGUUGCAAGCUUUGUCUCCGUAGGUUUGGAUUCUUUGGCCAGGACGGUAAGAAGCUGGAGAAGCGGACUAGGUGUCAGGGUCCUUCUUCUGUGCCUCAAAAGCGCUGCCCCUUCUUUCUUGCUAGUUUGCGCCAGCAGUCUCCGAUGAGACACUCAAGGAGAACUUAUUGUCCUGAUUGGGAUGAAAAAGAUUGGGAUUGUGGGAAGUGGAGGAGCAGCAGCAGUUAUAAAAGACGGAAGAGAUCACAUAGCAGUGCUCGGGAAAACAAGCGCUGCAAAUAUAAUCACUCUAAAACAUCUGAUAGCCAUUAUUUGGAAAGCAGAUCUAUAAAUGAGAAAGAUUAUCAUAGUCGUCGCUACAUUGACGAAUACAGAAAUGACUACAAUCAAGGAUGUGAACCUGGACAUCGCCAUAGAGAUCAUGAAAGCAGAUACCAGAACCAUAGUAGCAAGUCUUCUGGUAGAAGUGGAAGAAGUAGUUAUAAAAGCAAACACAGGAUUCACCACAGUACCUCACAUCAUCGUUCACAUGGGAAGAGUCACCGAAGGAAAAGACCCAGGAGUGUAGAGGAUGAUGAGGAGGGUCACCUGAUCUGUCAGAGUGGAGACGUACUAAGUGCAAGAUAUGAAAUUGUUGAUACUUUAGGUGAAGGAGCUUUUGGAAAAGUAGUGGAGUGCGUCGAUCAUAAAGCGGGAGGUAGACAUGUAGCAGUAAAAAUAGUAAAAAAUGUAGACAGAUACUGUGAAGCUGCUCGCUCAGAAAUACAGGUUCUGGAACACUUAAAUACAACAGACCCCAACAGUACGUUCCGCUGUGUCCAAAUGUUGGAAUGGUUUGAACAUCAUGGACAUAUUUGUAUUGUGUUUGAAUUGCUGGGACUUAGUACCUAUGAUUUCAUUAAGGAAAAUGGUUUUCUACCAUUUCGACUGGAUCAUAUCAGAAAGAUGGCAUAUCAGAUAUGCAAGUCUGUAAAUUUUUUACACAGUAAUAAGUUGACUCACACAGACUUAAAACCUGAAAACAUCUUAUUUGUACAGUCAGACUACAUAGAGGUGUAUAACACCAAAAUGAAACGUGACGAGCACACCUUAAUAAAUCCAGAUAUUAAAGUUGUGGACUUUGGAAGUGCAACGUAUGAUGAUGAACAUCAUAGUACAUUGGUAUCUACAAGACAUUACAGAGCUCCUGAAGUUAUUUUAGCCCUAGGAUGGUCCCAGCCAUGUGAUGUCUGGAGUAUAGGAUGUAUUCUGAUUGAAUACUACCUUGGGUUUACAGUAUUUCCAACACAUGACAGUAAGGAGCACUUAGCAAUGAUGGAAAGAAUUCUUGGACCUUUGCCAAAACAUAUGAUACAGAAAACCAGGAAACGUAAAUAUUUCCAUCAUGAUCGAUUAGACUGGGAUGAACACAGUUCUGCUGGCAGAUAUGUUUCAAGGCGCUGUAAACCUCUGAAGGAAUUUAUGCUUUCUAAGGAUGCUGAACAUGAGCUUCUGUUUGACCUCAUUCAGAAAAUGUUGGAGUAUGACCCAGCCAAAAGAAUUACUCUCAGAGAAGCCUUAAAGCAUCCUUUCUUUUCCCCCCUUAAAAAAACCUUGUAGAUCUGUAAUGUACAGCUGUUGAAGAGAUCAUAUAGACUGUAUCAGUCUAAUUUUUAAAUAUUAACUUAUUUAUAUAGCUUUGUAAAUUUGUCCGUUUUUGUAUUACUACCAUGUUUAUUUUGGUUGAAUAGUUUAAGUAUUUAGUUAAGUAAACUAAAGGACAUCUUUUUCAGUAAUUACUGUAUAAGAUGAUUUAUUCAGAAUAAACUUUUGUGCUUAUCA